AUGAGCCAUCAGCCUGACAGGGCACAGCCCGCUGGUCCCUCACAGGAUCCACCACGCCAGGGGGAGCCAGGCCUGCCUGACGCGACUCCAUCCAGCAGUUACUUGAGGAGCCUUUUCGAGUGUCCGGUAUGCUUUGACUAUGUGUUACCCCCCAUCCUUCAGUGUCAGCGUGGUCAUCUUGUUUGUUCCAGCUGUCACCAAAUGUUGACUUCUUGUCCAACUUGCCGGGGCCCACUGGGAUCCAUUCGUAACUUGGUUAUGGAUAAAGUGGCCUAUUCACUUACGUUUCCGUGUAAAUACGCCUCUUUUGGGUGUGGAACAAGUCUGCCGCCCGCGGAAAAAGCAGACCACGAAGAGGUCUGUGACUUUAGACCUUAUUCCUGUCCGUGCCCUGGUGUUCGCUGUCCGUGGGCAGGCUCUUUGGACCUUGUGAUGCCCCAUCUGAUCCAUCAGCAUGACGACCACAUUACGUCGGUAGAGGGAGAGACUGCCAUUUUCCUUGCUGUGGACGUUAAUAAUGAACAUGGUCCUUUUUACUGGGUGAUGACGCAGUCCUGUUUCGACUUGCACUUCAUGGUGGUCUUGCAGAGACAGGAAAACGAUGAUGGUCACGUGCGGUUCUGUGCAAUUGUACAGCUGCUAGGAACACUCGAGCAAGCGCAAAAUUUUACUUACCAACUUGAGCUCAAUGAUGAUCAACGGCGACUGACCUGGGAAUCAACUCCUCUGUCUCUUCGAGAGGACGUUGAGACAGCCAUAAUGAACGGUGACUGCCUUGUCUUUGACAACAUCACUGCACAGCUUUUUGCAGAAAACGAUGAGUUACGCAUCACUGUAACUAUUGACCAGUGUUGA